CCAUCUGAAUCAAGCAUCCCCCAGACCCGACCAGGCUGCGUGACUGUCGCCAUCCCUGGGCCUAUUCCCCUGUCGACCGCCGAUCACCCGACGUAACUGCCUACCACGCCAUGCCUCCUCCGUCAAAGUCACACGUUGUUGGCUUUCCAGUCUAUUCUCUAAGCUUCACUCCGUCGUCAUUCCGGGUUGUCCUGGGCGGCGGCGGCGGAUCAGGACGCAACGGCGUCAAAAAUGCUGUGCUCGUCUACCAAAUCGACCCUGUCACCCUCGACGUUAAGCCCCUGACGGAUCACCAGCUCGAGAAGGGAGAGGACGCCUGCAUGUCUCUCGCCGUCCAUCCAAAAGACAAGGUCAUCGUCGCUGCAGCGAACUGCACGGAAGACGAAAUUGCCGGUGGACUGAACAAAAACUGCCGCAUCUUUUGCCUCAAGGACAACAACACCAGCAUACAGCAGGCCAAGGCAUUCGACUCGAUUGGCGAAACCAGCCCGGACACCUACCAGAAAGUGACCCGGUUCAGUGCUGAUGGCAAGCUGCUCGCCUCGGGACUAACCAACGGCAAGCUCAAGGUCUAUUCUUGGCCCAGCUGCUCCCUCGUCGAGGAGCUGACCCAUCCUAGCGAUGUUAUCGAUAUUCACUUUGGUCCCGAAAACAAGGUUGUUUCGGUUUCCUCGCAAAAGCUCAUCGUCACCUCCAUCGGGAAAGCCGAGCAGCUUUGUGCGCUGGAUAAGCCCGUGUUCGACGAAAACCAACCGGCAGAGUUUCGUGGGGCACGCUUUGCUGCCAGCGAGGCGAACGAGGUGUUGCUGGUCAUUGCCAAUGCCAAGAACAAGAAACGGUCGUGUCUGUACAAGUACACUGUUGGAAAGGAGUGCAAGCUGCUUGGGUCAAAAGUGCUGGCGCCUCGUCCCGUCACGACUUUUGAUAUCAGUCCGAACGGCGAACUUCUGGCAUAUGCAACAUCGGACUGCGGCAUUACCGUGCUGUCCACCAGGACUAUGAAGGUCCUGCACACCAUGCCCAAUGCACACGGCUUUCCUGUGACGUCGCUGUCCUUCAGUCCUGACUCAAACAUCAUUGCUAGCGGCUCGGCUGAUACUACCUGUCGGCUCGCUGUGCUGCCCCCUAAAUCGUCAGGAGUUUCCUCGAUCCUCCUCCUGCUGCUGGCCAUUUUUGGCGCAAUCCUCGCUGUAUAUCUCGGGCACGAGUUUUCCCAGUGACGCUCGGCUGCUGUCAGAAUACCGAGACCUCAUUGAUAGUAGAACACUUACGCUCUGUAUUCAGACAAACAUGGACAUUGCGCAUGAAGUGCAACUCCUCCGGGGCCGUUCGCAGGCCCUUUCGUCACUUGUUAUGGCCGUCCAGACAGCCGUUAAUGUCUGUGUCCAAGUUGGUUGCCACGCGCUGUGGAAUAGAGAUUUCAAUACGUCCAGAACUACGGCCAUGGUGUCGAGAAAGGAGGACACUAUGAAAAAAUUUCUUGUUAAUAAAAUGAGCGAGAACGAAAAAA